AUGCAAGCAGACUUUCAUGCCGAUUUCCAGCGCCCGGGAAAGAAGCUCAGCCCGAAGCAUGGGAUUUUGUCUCAACGCUGCGAGAGGAUGCAACCUCGCGUAGCAUUCAGUAAAUUGUUUUGCCCUUCUUUGGGCAUCCCCAUCCGAGCUGCGAGUGGGGUGGCUUGCGCUACAUGCUUUUCCCCUGGAAAUUUCGAUUUUAUCAAAGAAGCAGAUGGCUCGGAUGAUGGGCCAGCUUUGGCUGGUACCGAGAGACAUCAGAAGAGGAGAUCAGACUCCCGAGUGCGCAAUGCUGCUACCGGUGCGGAGCCAGGAGGGGAGAAUAUGAGAUCCAUAUCCUGGUAUGAUCGGACGACGCUCCACAUCCAGCUUCGUGGUCUACCAGGGUCAUCUUCUCCUGAGUCUUGA